AUGAGUGGGGCCGAAACUGCUCAAUUUGACGCUCCCAGUUCGAACAUGCAAGGUCCAGACGCAGCGGCGGCUGCUUCGACUGCCCCGACUGCCCCUCGUGCUAGACAACGACGCCGAAGGCCAGGCCCUGCCGCCUCGCGGGUCAAUCAACAGAAUGGCACUGCGCAGCCUUUGAACAACCAAGGUGCAGAUACGGUGCAGCUACCUGUCACGGGCUCAGUACCGACUCCGGAGCUCGCCCAGAGUUCUGAGCAGACGAGACCGCAAAGAUCAAGCAAAGGAAGGGGCUCGGGAUCACACCGCGGACGUGGCAAUGGACCUCGAAAAGGUGGUCAAGGAAUCCUAGAUACAGACCAAGCGGAGCAAAUACCCCGGCAUCAGUCUCGGGGAAUGAGAGCUCGAGGCUUCGCCGCACGUUUAACAAGACCACAUCAAGAAUCCGGUAACUCUCAUCAUGAGCCUUCGGCCAAUGGUGAAAUAGAUGCAAGCCUUCGUGCCGAUGCCCCUGAUUUUGUGCCUGGACCUGCUGGUACGGUACCGCCUGCUUCAGAUACUCGUUCAACAAAUGCGAAAGGCAAAGGAAAAGCCAAACCAAACGCCCCACAGAGGCCACCAAAAGUCACGACCAAAUCCACCGCUGACGAUAUUGCCACUCGUAUUCACGAAGAUAUCGCCCAUAAUCUCUACGAAUGCCCUAUCUGUACCAGUGAACUAGGCCGACGCUCCAAGGUCUGGGCUUGCGAACUCUGUUGGACGGUCUUCCACUUAAGCUGCGUGAAGAAAUGGUCCACAAAUGAGGGCGCAGCCGCCGCCCGCAGUCGCCAAAAUGAGGAGGGUGAAAUGCCUCCUGUACCCAAAGCCUGGCGCUGUCCUGGUUGCAACCUGUCUCAUGAAAGAUUCCCGUCUACUUACUCAUGUUGGUGCCUCGCAAAGGCUGUCCUCAUCCUUGUGAUGCCACCUGCCACGCAGGCCCGUGUGCGCCUUGUACCGCGAUGGGACCAACUCAGGAUUGCUUUUGUGGACGGAAUUCAUCGACCAAGCGCUGUCAAGACACCGACUACGAUCAUGGAUGGAGCUGUGGCGAGAUCUGUGGUGAUCUUCUCCCCUGUGGCGAACACACAUGUCCUUUGCCUUGUCAUGAAGGCCUGUGUGGUGCAUGUGAGGUCACCAUUGAGGGCCGCUGUUACUGCGGCAAGGUCGAAACUGAGAUGCUCUGCAGUGCUAAGGAGGAUGAAAUGGAUAGCCAGAUCAUCCGCAGUGAUGGGUCCAGUGACGAGUGGACGGGCUGUUUCGCCUGCCACGACAGAUGUGAUCGCGAGUUCGACUGCGGUUUGCAUUCGUGCCAAAAGCCCUGUCAUCCUCAAGACCCUCAUCCUACGCAUUGCCCCAAGUCACCGGAUUCUGUGCUGUGGGCGUCUGCGUCAGGAACGACGCUGCGGUGCCGCCAAGGCUAUCACAUCCAAAGGGCAGCUUCAGCAAGCUGAGCGCUUACCUUCUGUAACUCCCCUGACAUGCGAUGAGGAGUGCUCCCGCCUCGAGAGGAAUCGUGGUCUUGCAUCUGCACUCGGCGUCGAGAUCAACCAAGCCACUACUGUCCAGGCAAUCAGUUCAACCAACCUUCCCUAUUCUGCUGAGACCCUCGACCAGUAUAUCAAAUUGGCUUCGACUGUCCCACUCUCAACUCUUCAGACGUACGAAGCCAGCAUGCAUGCCCUCGCAACCGACUCUUCGAGCCGAUCAUUCCGCUUCCCGCCCGCCAAGUCGACUUUACGGGCCUAUGCUCACUCCCUAGCAACAGACUGGGGCUUUGUGACAGAAAGCCACGACCCAGAACCUCACCGCCACGUCUUUGUCCUGAAGACUCUCAACUGGACUCCUCCCGUAUUCGGCGUUGGUUCCGGCUCGUCCAUCGGCAUUGGCGGCCUCAGUGUGCGUGAGUGCGUCAAGCUCCGGGAGCGCGAGCGCACCAAAGAACGAGAUGCUCAACGUGCAGCCGCGCUCGAGGCCAAAGCCGCCCGUGAAGCCUCCAAGACGCAAACGGGCGCUGAUGGAUGGGCCCAGGUUGCCUCGCGCGCCAAGAAACCUGGCGCCGACGGCAGCGUGACCAGCACGCGAAGUAACACUCCCGUGCCAAACAUCUUCCAGAGUCGGUCCAUUUAUUCCGCUCUUGCAGGUGGUAGUAUGCCCGAGACAUCUAGGCAGUCUUCUAAGAAGGAGCGCCUGGUGCUUCGUUCUGGGGUCGGAGUCGGCAAGGCCUUACGCUCACAGCCUCCAGCGGAAGUGGCUGACAGCUGGGAAGAGGCCGAGGAGAAGGAAGAGAUGGCCGAAAAGGCUGUGCAAGAGCAGGUGCAAGAGCAGGUGCAAGAGCAGGAGGAAGGAGAAAUAGCAGUCGAAGUCUUGCAACCCGACAAUGCAGACGCCGGAAAUGAAGAACCACAAAAUUCACAGCAGUCUACAGCUGGCGAUGUGGACUAUUCUUCCAACUAA